CGCCCCCGCCCCCGUGGGAGCGGCUCGUAGAACCCGGAGCUCGGAUAAGCCCUUUCUCCGGAACGGGCUGUCGGAAAGACAAGCGGGGCGCGUGGGAAAACCCGGCGUCCGGAUCGCGCAGUUGUCUUUGACGCGGAGGGCUGUGGGACGCAACCGCCACCGCCUCCAGAGCGCCGGGCGGAGAGGGAACGGAUACCAAGCCGCAGUCGCUGUCCCCCCGCCCCCCCCCCCCGCCCUCCAGUCCCCGGAGCCUCCGUUUCCUCCCCCCACCUACUUCCCUGGCCAUGGAGUGCCCUCACCUCAGCUCCAGCGUCUGCAUCGUCCCGGACUCGGCCAAGUUCCCCAACGGCUCCCCGUCAUCCUGGUGCUGCAGCGUGUGCCGGUCCAACAAAAGCCCCUGGGUCUGUUUGACUUGUUCAAGUGUCCAUUGUGGAAGGUAUGUGAAUGGUCAUGCAAAAAAACAUUAUGAAGAUGCACAGAUUUCCUUAACCAACCAUAAGAAAACAGAAAAACAAGAGAAAGUUCAACACACUGUGUGCAUGGAUUGCAGUAGUUACAGUACAUACUGUUAUCGCUGUGAUGAUUUUGUGGUAAAUGAUACCAAGCUGGGACUGGUACAGAAAGUCAGAGAACACUUACAGAACUUGGAAAAUUCAGCCUUUACAGCGGACAGACAUAGGAAAAGGAAACUUUUGGAAAACUCAUCUCUAAACAGCAAGUUGUUAAAAGUAAAUGGAAGUACCACUGCCCUUUGUGCUACUGGCCUUCGGAAUUUGGGGAACACAUGUUUUAUGAAUGCUAUUCUUCAGUCACUCAGUAAUAUUCAGCAGUUUUGCUGUUAUUUCAAAGAACUUCCAGCUGUGGAAUUACGGAAUGGGAAAACAGCAGGAAGGCGGACUUAUCACACCAGGAGCCAAGGAGAUAACAAUGUUUCCUUGGUAGAAGAGUUUAGAAAAACACUGUGUGCUUUAUGGCAAGGCAGCCAAACUGCAUUUAGCCCAGAAUCCUUAUUUUAUGUUGUUUGGAAAAUCAUGCCAAAUUUUAGGGGUUAUCAGCAGCAGGAUGCCCAUGAAUUUAUGCGCUAUCUUUUGGACCAUCUACACUUGGAACUCCAGGGAGGCUUCAAUGGUGUUUCUCGAUCAGUAAUUCUGCAAGAGAAUUCUAGUCUUUCUGCAAGUAACAAAUGUUGCAUAAAUGGAGCUUCUACAGUUGUCACAGCUAUAUUCGGAGGCAUUCUUCAAAAUGAAGUUAACUGCUUAAUAUGUGGGACAGAAUCUAGAAAGUUUGAUCCAUUUCUUGACCUUUCGUUAGAUAUUCCAAGUCAGUUCAGGAACAAGCGUUCUAAGAACCAAGAAAAUGGGCCAUUGUGUUCACUUCGAGAUUGUCUUCGUAGUUUUACAGACUUGGAAGAACUUGAUGAAACAGAACUGUAUAUGUGCCACAAAUGCAAAAAGAAACAGAAAUCCACCAAAAAAUUUUGGAUUCAAAAAUUACCAAAGGUGCUAUGCUUACAUUUGAAGAGGUUUCAUUGGACAGCAUAUCUAAGAAACAAGGUUGAUACAUAUGUAGAAUUUCCCCUGAGAGGCCUAGACAUGAAAUGCUACUUAUUGGAGCCUGAGAAUAGUGGUCCAGAAAGCUGUCUCUAUGACCUUGCCGCAGUUGUUGUGCAUCAUGGUUCAGGUGUUGGUUCUGGACAUUACACAGCUUAUGCAACUCAUGAAGGUCGCUGGUUUCAUUUUAAUGACAGCACCGUAACACUGACCGAUGAGGAGACUGUGGUAAAGGCCAAGGCCUACAUCCUCUUCUACGUGGAACGCCAGGCCCGAUCUGGCUCUGAGAAACUCUGAUUCCCGCCUUCGUUAUCCUUCAUCAAGUCCACCAGACAAAACAUUUCCAAUUUUCCACAAAUACUUGAUCCAAGACUAUUAAUUUCAUUGUGCACUUUUCAGCUUCCUAGAGUGGGUUUCAUUUUGUUGUGUCAAUGGUAGCAUUUGACUUGGACACAAACUAACUUUUUUUUAGUUUUUACCAGAAAACCCCAGCAGACAUUUUGAUUUGCUGCUUUAGUUGUGGUAACUUGGUAUAUAUGUGUGUGUUUAUAUAUAUACAGAGAUAUAUGUAUACAUAUACAUAUAGUUUCAUGAACUUAGUUAUAUUUGACUCUAUAUUAAUGUUUUCAGUUCUCACUUUCUUAAGGCACAUUUACAUCAAGUGUUUCUAUUAUAUACAGCAAGCAAGAUAAAUGUGUUCCUUAUUUUUGAAAAGCAGUGGACAUUCUUGCUGCAUUUUCACAGCUGUAAUUAAAUCAGGUUGAAUCCUGUAAAUCAAGGAUUUUGCUUGCACAUAUUACUCUAUCCCAUGAAAUUUACUAGUGCCCUGAACUGUCAUUCUUUGCCUACGGAAAAUCGAGAGGUUGCAUCAUUCAAAUAAGAUGGGCUAAUUGCUGCUAUCAGUGAAUGUGAAGGCUGCUGUACUUUAGCAUUAACCUUAAAUGAUUGGUGAUUUAGAAUCUGUCCCUACAGAUUCAAAUUAUUUAGAGAUAGCUAGGGAGACAUUAGAAGCUAAAUUCAGUUACCUUGUAGGUGAAUUGUCCUUCCUCAGUUAAUGUCUAAAGAAAUCCUCAAGAUUAAUUUGGAAUGCCCAGAGUGGGUCAUGUCAUUGGCAUUUAGAUAAAGAACUAGCUCGCCAUUGGUCUUCUAGAGCUUUUCUCUGAUCCUGCCAGCAACGGAACUUGUUAGUCAUCAAAGCCGAGUUUAUCAAAUAUUUGGGAAGCCAAUCUUAGCAGUGCUUCUGAGCUUGCAUAUCACUCACUGAGAGACAGGCUUGGAAGAGGGCAUUUUGAUUUUUAGAAUUUUAAUGGCUCCCAUUGACACUGCAGCAAGAUCUUUGUGAUCAAAUUGAAAAUGUGCUUAUUUUUUGGAUUGUAUAGGAAGAGAAAUCCUGCUCCUAAGGUCAUCAGCCCUUGUUUAAAAUUGUUUCCUAGAAAAUGGAGGCCUUUAGAUAUCUCUUUUCAGUUGAAUUUUAGACUCAGAAUCUGAUAAUAGCAAUGCCAGUUCUCUAGGUAUCGCAUCUGAGCCAAGGGCAUUAUUUGCUGGGGGAGGCUAGAAGAGAGGAGGCUGCUUGAGUGUAUAAAGAAUGUAGGAACUUUUCAGACAACCUCAUAUAUAUUAGCAUCAUUGAUUUUCCUCAUCCCUUGUUCUAGUGCUUCCCCCCCCUUUUUUUUUCUUUUCUAAAAGUUGUAGUGAAGAACUGAGCAUAAUUACAGCUAAGCAGACCUCUUAGGAAGAAUGUCUACUGACAAGUUAAAAAGGAGUGGUUGAGGUGUUAUUAAAUUCUGUAAAAGUGUCACAAUUUUGAUGACUUUUUUCUGAUCAUAUAUUUGAAACUGCCAGGAAUAGUCAUUGGGACACCAUUUCCAUUUGAGUGUAGACUAGUUUUAUCUUGGUUUAACACAUUUGCUAGGUGACCAUUUGAAAAUGAGAUGCACCAACCCCAUAAUCAAACAUGCAGAAUGUCGCUCCUAAAGAGGCUGCCUCACCAGAGUGAAAAGUCUAGGACCUUAGGAACUCUUUGGGGGGGGGGGGAGGAAAAAGUUGGUUUGGGUCAAAAUACUGCACUGUCUCAUUGUUGCUUAAUUGUUCAUCAUUGUGGAAAUACACCGGCUGAGCCUGACAUUUGACUCCCCUUCAGACCCUUUCAGAACACCCAAAAAGCAGACUAACUUUAUUGUGCUUAACAAGAAGGACAUUUGUUGCUUUGAAUUACAGAUAUUGCCACUCUUAGUAUGUUUGUCUGAUGUUUGCACCACGGUCAUCGUUCUUUAGAAAAAUGGGUUGUUUUUAAUGGCUUAUAUAAUGACUUUGCUGGAGGAAAAUAGCUAUAAGUCACAGCUUUGUGGCAAGGUGUAGGAAAGUGUUGGGGAGAAGGAAUGUGGGGACACUGGGGCCUAGCCGAGAAACUGUGCUCAGCUUUGGUUGCAUAGUUGUAGAAUGUCAUCCCGAAGGCUUUUGGGGAAGGACAAUUGAAAGCAUUUGGGUUAAUCAGACAGAGACUGCUGAAUAGCCCCACACACCAGCGAUGUAAAUGUGCCUGUUUUGUAUUUUAGAAAUUCAACUGUGUAAUCUUUGUCACGAUUAUUUUAAAAGCUUGAUUCUGUUUUCUGUUCUCUUUCUGGGCUUUUUUUCUCUUUUGGUGCCAUGUUGUUUCCUGUAUGUAUAUGUGGCCUCUGACUAGAGAACACCAGCGGGGCCUGAUGCAUCAAGGUACAUGCCUCCUUUGGAGAAGAAAACUUGACCAUCCUCCCACUGCAAACACAGAUGUAUGAUACAAACGGUCUGUUUGUGGCGACACAGAUAUCUCUCCAUGAUGGAGAAAACUUUGCUUAUCCACUGUAUUCUACUCAGUGUGUAGUGACGACAAAUGUAACUGACAAUUGAACCAGUAAAGUAUCCUGUCCCUCUUUGCGUGUUACAAAUGGAAGUUGCCUGUGAAACUCCUUCGGUCAGCGUGUUUCUGGGCCUGGCAUUGGGGCAUAUUUAUUCUUGAAACCAUACGUGUCUUUUUGGUCUCAUUGUUCUAAUGUACAUAUCUCCCUUUUCCGUGUUCCCGCCCCCAGCUUCUUAGGGGUCACGUGGGCCUGGGUCCUCCCUGUACCCCUCACCUUCACCCCCACCCCCAAACAACUCAGACGGAGGCGCCAAGUGCGCAGCUGCCCUGGCAGCUCCGACAGAGGAGGAGCCUCCAUGCCAUGCCCCUCUUGACUCUGGCCUUCGCUGGGAGACUCCAUUGAAGGCUUCUGUCUGGAGCGCCCCAGGGCAGCCCGGAGUAAGCAGUCUGCAACCAGCCUGGGCGGGGCAGAAAGGCGGAGAGCCCUGGGCCACUGCGCCGCCAUGCAUCAUUCCAUCCUGUCCAGAUCUCACCCGGGGAACCCAGAGGGCGGCCUAUUGGCUUUGCUGUCAGACAUACGCCAGAGGGCCCUCGAGUCACGUGGUGCUGUGGAUGUCAUUGUUUGCCAUUAAAAUCUAGCUCGUGUAAUACAGGAAAAAAAUCAUUUCACUGCGUGAAUAAUCUUUUAAGUUGUACUUUGAUUCCUUUUCUUCUUUGCCAACUUGAAAUGUUUUAUGGGAAAGUAUCAUUAAAAAUCUGGUCUCUUUUC